CUCUGGAUGAAGCAACUUGAUUCUGUUGCACCUGAUUUUACUGAACUAUUAAAGAGUAUUCAAGAUAUAAUCAAAUUUAACAAGUCAUUUUAUGAAACUGAAGAUAUAGAAAUACCUUACAAUCGCUAUUUUGAAAAUUUCAUUAAUAAUGUCAACCAACGUCAAGACAUUCUCUGUAUCCCUUCGAUCCAGCAACUAUUAGAUGUAACAAUAAAGUUGGACUCGUUUCAUACUCAAGUGGAUUGUUCAAAUGUAGUCGAUAUAUUAACUCAAGAGCGUGUAGUAAACUACAAGUUACAGCCAUUGGGAAAAAUAUUACUUUGUGACACAUUUAAUUGCAAUGAAUUAUCAAAACGUGUGCGCUUGAUUUUGACUGUGAACGAUCUUUAUUUUUGUUCGGUAGAGAAUGAAAAGACAGAUUCAAAGUAUACUCUCUUGUAUAAACCCGUCUCGACUAAACAUAUCUCAAUUCGAACUAUUCAUACCGAUCGUGAACUCAUAGGAGAAUACAAUGUCCAGUUCUGGAUUCAAAAGCAAAAAUUGUUUACAAUGAAAGCUAGCACAAAGGAAGAUCGUAACAUGUGGCUUGGAUUGGAAACAAACAGCAGUACCAAAGACCAGGCUUUCUUGGCAUGGGAACCAUUAAACGAUAUUGUCGCCAAGUAUGAUUUGCGCCGACAAUCAUCUAAAAGUAGCAAUUCUCCAAAGUCCAUUCGCACUCAGGAUAUUUUUACUUUUUACACAGAUCAAACUGGUGAAAUUUCACCUUUGCAACAGCCUCCUCUACCUUCCAACAGCCCAUAUUUGCAGCAACAGCAAAACUUGUCUGUUAGUUCACCAAAUCUUGCUACAAAGAAACCUUCUUUUAUGCGUUCGGUUAUAGCAGCUGUGUCUUCACCACGUUCAUCAUUUCCUGCCAAUGGUGCUGAGCCUCCUGUCCAACCUCAGCAUUUAGGCAUUCCUCCGCCACAAAGCCCUUUUGGUCCAAGGUCGUCAUUUAUAAAUAAUCAUUCAACCCCGUCAUUUAUAAGUAGCGCCAACUCCUCAAGUCAAUCUAGUUUAGCUCUUACACCUCCACUUAGUCGUUCUUCUAGUCCUGGCUCUAUGACCCCAGUAAUUGUAAACCGCUAUGCCACCCCUUCUUCUUCAUCUUCUGAAGAUUUGGGCUCACCACCUGAUAGUCCUGAUAUACUUACUCAAGCAAAUUCGAUUAAAAAUGUCCUGUACACCAACAACGAGACCAAAGUAUUUCAUUGGAAAGACGAAUCAUGGUACGCAGUUGAAGAAGAUUGUCUUUUAGAAGUUCGGCAAACAUUUUCCAACCGAUCCUGUAUUGCAAUCCAUUUGAAGAAUAGUGGGCAAUUCUAUCUCAACGCAUGGAUUUUACCCGACACUUUUAUUAUUCGAACCAGUGAUACGGACUUGAGUUUAUCUCUCCAUAUCACUAAUGAUCAGUCCGAGUUAGAAAAUUAUCUUUUCCAUUGUCAAUCGAAAUCCGAAGCGGAUGAGCUUAGUAGCCUACUAGAGCAGAUGCAUCAAGAAUCGAUCCAAAUGAACUUAGUCAUCUCUGCCAAUAAAUUAGCAAAGACGUUUAAAUUGGCUAUGCAAUGUAAAUGCAAACUUUACGUUCAAAGUGCAAGUUCUAAAUGGAAUAGCUUUGGCAGUGUUUAUAUGAAGGUUUCACAACAGUAUGCAACCAAAAAGAUGCAUAUCGCCAUGGAAUCUCAUAAGGGUGGUAAAACAACGCAGCUGGUCAGUGCUAUGGUUCAGAGUAGAAACGUCGAAAGACUUGGCCCAAAAAGGAUUACGUUUUUGAUGGUUGAUGAAUUAGAGAAAAAUAGUGUCGUUUAUAUGAUUCAAGUCCGUGAAGAAUUAACAGGUGAUAAAAUUUUUGAAUACGUUAAAACAAAAAACAGCGAAAACGGUUGGUAG